UCUACAACAGUCUCACAGGAACCGAAGACAGACCUAAUACUAUCUGAUACCUGAUACAAAUUUUUAGUCAAGCGAUUUAAGCUUCUUGUGCGCAUGCGUUGCUUUUGAUCAUCCGUCAUUUGGCGGCAAACUUUACUUUGUUCGCUCGAUUUCUGUUGGUUUGGUAGUGAUCAUUUGAACUCUCGUAAAGUAUCCCCUUAUUAGGAACACGUUGCCUAAUUUACGAAAAUGUCAGAUAUACGUGUUCUGGGUAAGCGAUUAGGGCAACGCAUUGGUCAGGAGGCGAUCGUGCUCGGCAGAAUCACGGAGAAAAGUUCAGAUGGUAUGAGUGCAGAGAUAACGACGACGGAUAACGCUCGAAUUAAUGUGACAUUCCCUCAGUCACUUGACAUUAACGUCUCGGACUACAUAGAGAUGCGUGGUAUGGUCAAGUCAAAAUCUACUAUGUCCUGCAAGAGCUAUGUAUGCUUGCCUGAAAAUCUGACUGCAGACUUUGAUGUCAACAACUACAAUACAAUGGUGAACGUACGCUGUGCGUUGGGAAAUCAAUUAGAGGAAUUACUUUAUGGAGCUUAGAAAUAUAAAGCUCCAAAGAAUUUAAGUGUACAAAUUGUUUACUGUUUCUUUUCUUACAUUCUCCUCUUUUUACAUUCUAUUAACUGGUUUAGCAUAUAUAUCCUUACCAUAAAAAUAACAAGGAAUGCUGUAAUAUAAAAUAAAAGCAUUCAAACUCCUGCAUUCCUCUCGUUUGUACAUAAAAUUGAUCCAUAAAAUCUGAUAAGUACAAGUAUACAAACAUGCGAAACUGUAAUAAAUAUAUUAGAACUGUAAUAAAUAUAUUAUCUCAAUAAUAUAUAUUGGAACACA